AUGAAGUGGAAGCAUAGUCGAGAUCAUUUAGCUAAAAAUAAGUAUUGUGGAGCCAUAGUUGAUAAGCGAACAGUAUUUUGUAUAUGUGGGCAAAAAGUUAGCCUUGAUAACGAUUAUGAUGAUUCAAGACUUAAUGAACACUCUAAAAAUUCAAGAUGUAAGGUGAACAACAAAAAAAGGCAGCUUGGUUUACCUGGCCUGUUUUCUGUUUUACCUAACCCUAAGAAAAGUAAAGACUCUCCGCUCUCACCAUCCUUACCAUCUUCACCACCUUCCUUGACACUAUUGUCAAUUAAACCAUGUCCUGGACUUAGUUCAGAACAAAUAACUUCUUAUAUUAGCCAAACAUCCAUCACAUAUAAAGAUACACAAUGGCGAGAAAUAAUUGGAAAAGAAAUAUUUCCGAAUAGGUUUUCAAAUGAAACGGGAUUUAGCAUUAAGAAACUUAAAGGAGAAGAAAGAACUCAAUUUAAUUAUCAAGUGAUAAGUGAAUCAGAAUGGUUUAUUGAUCGUGUCA